AUGUGCGGUGAGACACCGACCUGUUCCGUCAGCUUCGAGGCAGUGGUGCACAACCCGCUCAACGUUUUCCAUGUUGAGGUGGCCAUCCAGGACAUCAACGACAACGCCCCGCGCUUCCUCCAAGACAAUUUCCAGCUGGAAAUCAACGAGUUCACUUCUCCCGGUGCACGCUUUUACUUAGGCAUGGCUGAAGACGCGGACGUGGGCAGCAAUUCCUUGCAGGGCUACAAGCUGGAGGCCAACAGGUACUUUGAGGUAGAGGUAAAGGAGAGCGAGGACGGCAGCAAGUUCGCGGAGCUGGUGCUGCGCCGAGCGCUGGACCGGGAGAGAGAGCAGAACCUGCAGCUGGUGCUGACGGCGCUGGACGGCGGCGACCCUCCUCGCAGCGGCACCGCCCAGCUCUGUAUCAACGUCACCGACGCCAACGACAACGCUCCCGUGUUCGUGCAGGACCGGUACCGAGUGAGCCUGCGCGAGAACGCGCCGCCGGGCUCCAUGGUGCUGAACGUCUCAGCCACCGAUGCUGACGCUGGAACUAACGCCCGCAUCACCUACGGCUUCGGAAAAAUGCCAGCCAAGGUGCUUCAGAAGUUUGCGGUGGAUGCAGAGAACGGGAUCAUUACGCUUCAGGAAGCGCUGGACUUUGAGGACACGCGAUCAUUUAUCUUGGCCAUCGAGGCGAGGGACGGUGGCGGUCUGGUGGCACACUGCAAGGUGGAGGUGGAGGUGCUGGACGUGAACGACAACGCGCCCGAAAUCACCAUGCUGUCGGUGUCAAGCCAGGUGCCUGAGGACGCUCCGAUCGGCACCGUGGUGGCGCUGGUGAACGUGAACGACCCAGACUCCGAGGAGAACGGCCAAGUGCGGUGCGAGCUGUCGGGAGAGGCGCCGCUGUCGCUCGUGGCUUCCUCGGGCGGCUCGUACAAGGUGGUAACGGCGAGCGCGCUGGACCGAGAGCAGGCAGCCGAGCACCGAGUGACGCUAGUGGCCAGAGACCGGGGCAGCCCGGCGCUGUCGAGCCGUGCGGUGCUGGUACUGGAAGUGUCGGACGUGAACGACAAUGCACCGCUGUUCGAGGAGGAGAUCUACAGCGCCUACGUGGCGGAGAACAAUGCUGCGGGAGCGCCUGUGCUGCGCGUGCUGGCACGGGAUGUGGACGCGGGCGCCAACGGGCGCGUCAGCUACUGGCUGGAAGGCGGCAGCACAGGCUCGGCACCGCCGCCGGUGUCGGUGGAAGCGCAGAGCGGCGCCGUGUACGCGCAGCGCUCCUUCGACUAUGAGCAGUACCGCGAGUUCACGGUGACGGUGCGGGCACAGGACGGUGGGGUGCCGGCGCGCAGCUCCACGGCCACGGUGCGCAUCUUUGUGGUGGACCGCAACGACAACGCGCCGCGGGUGCUGUGGCCGACGGCAGCGUCAGCAGGAGGCGAGGCACCGCCGUUCGAGGUGGUGCCGCGCACGGCCGAGGUGGGCUACCUGGUGGCCAAGGUGGUGGCGGUGGACGCGGACGCGGGGCGCAACGCGUGGCUAUCGUACGAGCUGCUGCAGGCGCCGGAGCCGGCGCUCUUCCGCCUGGGGCUGCACAGCGGCGAGGUGCGCACGGCGCGGGCCGUGUCGGAGCGCGACGCGGCCAAGCAGCGCCUGGUGGCGCUGGUGAAGGACCACGGGCAGCCGGCGCUGUCGGCCACGGCCACGCUGCACGUGGUGCUGGCCGAGAGCUUGCAGGAGGCGCUGCCGGAGCUGAGCGAGCGGCCAGCGGGCACGGACUCCCCAGUCGAGCUGCAGUUCUACCUGGUGCUGGCGCUGGCUCUGCUGUCGGCGCUCUUCCUGCUCAGCCUGGUGCUGGCGCUGCUGGCGCGGCUGCGGAGGGCCGGGCCUCCCGCCGUCCUGCGCUGCCUGGGCGCGCAGCGGUUUUCUCUGGCAGGCACCGCCUUCCCAGCCGACUUCUGCGAGGGCACCUUGCCCUACUCCUACAACCUGUGCGUGGCUCCGGGACGAGCCCUGACCGAGGCCACUUUGCUGCCCCCUCCGCUGCCCGCUGAAGAGCUGCUGGGCGGGGAGUCCUGCGGGAAACCGAGCUCAAGUAACACCGCCGUCGCGGAAGACCCUCGCGCGGAUCCUGACGCACCGCAGAUUGUGCUUUCGGACUUGAAACAUUUUACGGGUUGUAUUACGAAAACUCAAUAUGAGGUCACCGUUAACAGACCACCAAAGGAGAUGAGCAAGGCAUCUGCGGGCUGCGCCGUGUGGCUGCAGUUCCGGCAGGAGGCUGCGGGCGUCGCUGUUGACCGAGGAGGAGCCAGAGGAAGCCGGAGCGCUGCAGGCAGCCCCGCCCGCUGCGGCCCGGCUCGCUCGCUGGCUGGCUCGGCGUCCGGGAGGGCUGCGAACGUCCCCGCGGUGCGGAACCGAGCUGCAGCGAGCCGGAGGGGUGGGCGGCAGUGGGGCGGCUGGAGCCAGAGGCGGAUCUCGAACUGUUGUGGCAGUGAGGCGGCGGACAUGUGUGCGGCAGGGAAACGCUGGGGCCGGCGGGCGCGGGCCGUGCUGUGCUGCGUCCUGCUGUCGGCAUUGGAAGCGUCGUGGGGGCAGCUGCGCUACUCGGUGCCCGAAGAGAUGCCCAAGGGCUCUUUCGUGGGCGACGUGGCCAAAGACCUGGGACUGCAGAUGACGGCGAUUGCUGACAGCGGUCUCUGCAUCUUGGACAGAGGUAGGACGCAGUAUUUCUCUCUACACGGGAAAACGGGACAUUUAGUGACGGCGGAGAGGAUAGACAGAGAGCAGCUGUGCCGGCUGGUGGAGAAAUGCGUGCUGCGGUGUGAGCUGAUAUUGGAGGGGGAAAUGCAGGUUUACGAAAUCGAAGUAGAGAUCAUGGACGUUAACGACAAUGUCCCCAGCUUCCCAGAGCCAGAAACACUACUGAGAAUAAGCGAGGCAACAUCCCCAGGUUCUCGGUUUCCCCUGGCGGAGGCUCACGACCCAGACUCGGGACCAAAUUCGCUGCAAAGCUAUGAGAUGAGUGGUGACGAACAUUUCUCCCUGGCCGUGCAGACAGGCCCCGGCGGCGAUCGGCGCCCCCAGCUGGUACUGUCCAAGGCACUGGACCGGGAGGAGGCGGUGUUUCAUGAGCUGGUGCUGAAGGCGAGGGACGGCGGAGAGCCGCCGCAGACGGGCACCGCACGGAUCCGCGUGGUCGUGGUGGACGCAAACGACAACGCUCCCGUGUUUAGUUCGCCGGAGUACACGGUGCAUGUGCCCGAGGAAGUGCCCGUGGGCUCCGCCCUCGUCAUCGUCACGGCCACCGACCCCGACGAGGGAGUGAACGGGAACGUGAAAUACUCGUUGAAGAAAAGGAAAGAUCUGCCGUCGGAGAUUUUCCACUUGGACACUGAGACGGGAGUGAUUACUCUGCUGCGGAGCCUGGACUUCGAGGAAGGAGACUCUUACGAACUGGAGGUGGAGGCACACGAUGGCGGCAGCUUUUUUGAUACGGCAAAAGUAACCAUCUCCGUGGCAGACGUCAAUGACAACGCACCCGAACUUAUAGUGUCGUCGUCGCUUAGCGAGAUCUCUGAGGACGCCCCGCAGGGAACAGUGGUAGCCUUGCUGCACGUACAGGACCGGGACUCGGGAGCCAACGGCCAGGUGCGGUGCUCGCUGGACACGGGAGUCCCGUUCCGUCUGGAGAAGUCGUUUAAGGAUUAUUACCGCGUGGUGACAACGAAGGAACUGGACCGGGAAGAGGUGUCGGAAUACAACGUGACGGUGAGGGCGGCCGACGGCGGGUCGCCUUCACUGUGGAGCAGCACGGUGCUGACCCUCAGGGUGCUGGACGUGAACGACAACGCGCCGGUGUUCAGCGAGGCGAGCUACAGCGCCCGGCUGCCUGAGAACAACGCGGCGGGCGCGCUGGUGCUGACGGUGCGGGCGCGGGACGCGGACUGGGGGCAGAACGCACGCGUGCGGUACCGGCUGGGCGAGGGGCGAGUGCGGGGUGUGCCACUGUCAUCGUACGUGUCGGUGCAGGCGGAGACGGGCGCGCUGUACGCGCUGCGCUCGUUCGACUACGAGGAGGUGCGCGAGGUGGGACUGUGGGUGGUGGCGGAGGACGGCGGCUCGCCGGCGCUGAGCAGCAACGUGUCGGUGCGGCUCGUGAUCGUGGACGAGAACGACAACGCACCGCAGGUGCUGUACCCGCCGGUGGCGCCCGUGUCCGGGGCCGGUGUGGGUGGGUGGUCGGGAGUGGAGCUGGCGCCGCGGUCGUCGGAGCCCGGGGCGCUGGUGGCCAAGGUGGUGGCGGUGGACGCGGACGCGGGUCAGAACGCGUGGCUGUCGUACGAGCUGGCGAAGGCGACGGAGCCGGGGCUGUUCCGCGUGGGGCUGCACAGCGGCGAGGUGCGCACUGCGCGCUUCCCGCUGGCCCGCGACGCUGCCCGGCAGAGCCUGGUGGUGCUGGUGAAGGACCACGGGCGGCCGGCGCUGUCGGCCACGGCCACGCUGACAGUGGUGCUGGCCGAGAGCGUGGCCGAGCUGCUGGCCGAGCUGGGCAGUGAGGCAGCGGCGGCGGGGCCGGGCGUCGCGGCCGGCAGCCUGACGCGCUGGCUGGUGCUGGCUGUGGCGGCCGUCUCCUGCCUCUUCCUCGCCUUCCUGCUGCUGCUGCUGGCAUUGCGCCUGCGGCGCUGGCGCCGCUCGCAGCUGCCUCCGGCGGUGGGCGGUGCCUUGCGCGGCGUCCCGGCCACGCACUUCGUGGGUAUCGACGGCGUCCGCGCCUUUCUGAGCUCCUACUCACACGAGGUGUCGCUCACCGCGGACUCCCGCAAGAACCAGCUCCGCUUGUCGCCCGGCAGCUGCUGCGACACCCUCCCGGCCCGCCCUCUGCCCGACGAGCCUGUACCGCUGCUCGGGGAGGACCCUGCCGCCGCCAGUCCACACGACCCCAACGCUGCCCCGUUCCGGGAGGAGGCUGCGGGCGCCGCUGUUGACCGAGGAGGAGCCAGAGGAAGCCGGAGCGCUGCGGGCAGCCCCGCCCGCUGCGGCCUGGCUCGCUCUCUGGCUGGCUCGGAGUCGGAGCGGUCUGCGAGCAUCCCCGCGGCGGCGAUGUGCGGUGCGGGGAGGUGCGAGCGCGGGCUCCGGCAGGAGGGGGCCCUGCUUUGCUGCGUCCUGCUGUCGGCGUUGGAGGUGGCCUGGGGGCAGCUGCGCUACUCGGUGCCCGAGGAGAUGCCCAAGGGCUUUUUCGUGGGAGACGUGGCCAAAAACCUGGGACUGCAGAUGUUAUCGCUCAGUGACAGUGGCGUCCGCGUUGUGUCGGAAGCUAGGAUGCAGUACUUCUCUCUGCUCGGGAAGACGGGACAUUUGGUGACGGCGGAGAGGAUAGACAGAGAGCAGCUGUGCGAGAGUGAGCAGCAAUGCGUGCUGCGCUGUGAGCUGAUAGUGGAGGGGGAAAUGAAAGUUUAUGAAAUUGAAGUGGAGAUCACGGACAUAAACGACAACAACCCCAGCUUCGAAGAGCAAGAAAUCCAACUGAAAAUAAGCGAGGCAACAGCCCCGGGAUCUCGGUUUCCCCUGGCCGAGGCUCACGACCCAGACUCGGGGCCGAAUUCCCUGCAGAGCUAUGAGCUGAGCGGCGAUGAGCACUUCUCGCUGGCUCUGCAGGCGGGCCCUGGCGGCCAUCCGCGUCCUGAGCUGGUACUGGCCAAGGCACUGGACCGGGAAGAGGCGGCGUUUCACGAGAUGGUGCUGAAAGCGAGUGACGGAGGAGAGCCAUCCCGGACGGGCACGGCGCGGAUCCGCGUGUCUGUGAUUGACGCGAAUGACAACGCACCUGUGUUUAGCCCAGCAGAGUACACGGUGCGUGUGCCUGAGGACGUGCCCCUGGGUUCUGCCCUCGUCACCGUCACGGCCACCGACCCCGACGAAGGGCUGAAUGGGCACGUGAAAUACAGUUUCCAUAAAAUUUCACGACGGGCAUCGGAAAUCUUUCACUUGGAUUCCGAGACAGGAGACAUAACAGUUAAAAACCGUUUGGACUUUGAGGAAAUCUCCUCACAUGAACUCGAGUUGCGGGCAAAGGAUGGAGGAGAUCUGUCUGACACUGCAAAAGUCACGAUCACAGUGACAGACGUCAACGACAACCGGCCUGAACUGACAGUGACAUCUCAGCUGAGCGAGAUCUCCGAGGACGCCCCUUCGGGGACUGUGGUGGCCCUACUCCAUGUACGGGACAGGGACUCAGGGGUCAACGGCCAGGUGCGGUGCUCGCUGGACGCGGGAGUCCCGUUCCGAUUGCAGACCUCUCGUGGCAGCUACUACGGCGUAGUGACGACGAGGGAGCUGGACCGGGAGGAGGUGUCGGAGUACAACGUGACGGUGAGGGCGGCCGACGGCGGGUCGCCUUCGCUGUUGAGCAGCACGGUGCUGGCGCUGCGGGUGCUGGACGUGAACGACAACGCGCCGGUGUUCAGCGAGGCGAGCUACAGCGCCCGGCUGCCCGAGAACAACGCGGCGGGCGCGCUGGUGCUGACGGUGCGGGCGCAGGACGCGGACUGGGGGCGGAACGCACGCGUGCGGUACCGGCUGGGCGAGGGUCGGGUGCGGGGCGUGCCACUGUCGUCGUACGUGUCGGUGCAGGCGGAGACGGGCGCGCUGUACGCGCUGCGCUCGUUCGACUACGAGGAGGUGCGUGAGGUGGGGCUGUGGGUGUUGGCGGAGGACGGCGGCUCGCCGGCGCUGAGCAGCAACGUGUCGGUGCGGCUCGUGAUCGUGGACGAGAACGACAACGCACCGCAGGUGCUGUACCCGCCGGUGGCGCCCGUGUCCGGGGCCGGUGUGGGUGGGUGGUCGGGAGUGGAGCUGGCGCCGCGGUCGUCGGAGCCCGGGGCGCUGGUGGCCAAGGUGGUGGCGGUGGACGCGGACGCGGGUCAGAACGCGUGGCUGUCGUACGAGCUGGCGAAGGCGACGGAGCCGGGGCUGUUCCGCGUGGGGCUGCACAGCGGCGAGGUGCGCACUGCGCGCUUCCCGCUGGCCCGCGACGCUGCCCGGCAGAGCCUGGUGGUGCUGGUGAAGGACCACGGGCGGCCGGCGCUGUCGGCCACGGCCACGCUGACAGUGGUGCUGGCCGAGAGCGUGGCCGAGCUGCUGGCCGAGCUGGGCAGUGAGGCAACGGCGGCGGGGCCGGGCGAGGCGGCGGGCAGCCUGACGCGCUGGCUGGUGCUGGCCGUGGCGGCCGUCUCCUGCCUCUUCCUCGCCUUCCUGCUGCUGCUGCUGGCAUUGCGCCUGCGGCGCUGGCGCCGCUCGCAGGUGCCUCCGGCGGCGGGCGGGGCCUUGCGCGGCGUCCCGGCCACGCACUUUGUGGGUAUCGACGGCGUCCGCGCCUUUCUGAGCUCCUACUCACACGAGGUGUCGCUCACCGCGGACUCCCGCAAGAGCCAGCUCCAAUUGUCGCCCGGCAACUGCUGCGGCACCCUCCCGGCUCGCCCUCUGCCCGACGAACCCGCCCCGCUUCUCGGGGAGGACCCUGCCGAUGCUUGCUCACACGACGCCUACGUUGCCCCGCUGAAUUCUGCGUUUCGGUGGCCAAUGGCGCCGACUCCUGGCCGCUGCUCACGGUGCGGCUCAAAGAGCAUCAGGCGGCUGCGGUGGCGUCGCGGUGCCUCCGGGUGCCGCUCCCGGGGCGGCGGCGAGCAGUCGCGAGUGCUGCUGCUGCCCGCUGUGCUGCUGAGCUUGUGUUGCCAGGCAGCGCCGGAGCCGAUCCGCUACACCAUCCCCGAGGAGCUGAGCAGAGGUUCGCUGGUGGGGCCGCUGGCGCGGGACGUGGGGCUGAGUCCGGCAGAGCUGCCGGCACGCAAGCUGCGGCUGACAUCUGCCACUAAAAAGCAGCUGCAAUACUUCACCGUGAGCGAGGAGAGCGGAGAGUUGUACGUGAGCGAGAGGCUGGACCGGGAAGAGAUGUGCGCCGAGGAGCCGACCUGCUCCGUCAGGUUCAAGGCCCUGGUUCACAACCCUCUCAACGUUUUUCAUGUCCAAGUGUCCAUCCAGGACGUCAACGACAACGCCCCACACUUCCUUCAAGACCAUUUCCAGCUGGAAAUCAACGAGUUCACUUCUCCCGGCGCCCGCUUUGCCGUGGGAGCCGCCGAAGAUGCGGACGUGGGCAGAAACUCCCUACAGGGCUACGAGCUGGAGCCCAACAAGUACUUUGAGGUAGAGGUAAAGGAGAGCGAGGACGGCAGCAAAUUCGCAGAGCUGGUGCUGCGCCGAGCGCUGGACCGGGAGAGAGAGCAGAACCUGCAGCUGGUGCUGACUGCGCUGGACGGCGGCAACCCGCCCCGCAGCGGCACCGCCCAGCUCUAUAUCAACGUCACCGACGCCAACGACAACGCCCCCGUGUUCGCGCAGGACCGGUACCGAGUGAGCCUGCGCGAGGACUCGCCGCCGGGCUCCAUGGUGCUGAACGUCUCGGCCACCGAUGCUGACGCUGGAACUAACGCCUGCAUCACCUACGGCUUCGGGAAAAUGCCAGCCAAGGUGCUUCGGAAGUUCGCGGUGAACGCAGAGAGCGGAAACAUUACACUGCAGGAAGCGCUGGACUUUGAGGACACGAGAAGCUACACGUUGCUGGUGGAGGCGAGGGACGGUGGCGGUCUGAUGGCACACUGCAAGGUGGAAGUGGAGGUGCUGGACGUGAACGACAGCCCCGAAAUCAUCAUGCUGUCGGUGUCGAGCCCGGUGCCUGAGGACGCUCCGAUCGGCACCGUGGUGGCGCUGGUGAACGUGAACGAUCCGGACUCCGAGGAGAACGGUCAGGUACUAUGCGAGCUGUCGGGAGAGGCGCCGCUGUCGCUCGUGGCUUCCUCGGGUGACGCGUACAAGGUGGUAACCGCAAGCGCGCUGGACCGGGAGCAGGCAGCCGAGCACCGAGUGACGCUGGUGGCCAUGGACAGGGGCAGCCCGGCGCUGUCGAGCCGUGCUGUGCUGGCACUGGAAGUGUCGGACGUGAACGACAACUCGCCGGUAUUCGAGGAGGAGGUCUACAGCGCCUACGUGGCCGAGAACAACGUGGUGGGAGCGACGGUGCUGCGCGUGCUGGCACGGGAUGUGGACGCGGGCGUCAACGGGCGCGUCAGCUACUGGCUGGAGGGCGGCAGUGAGGGCUCGGCACCGCCGCCGGUAUCAGUGGAGGCACAGAGCGGCGCCGUGUACGCGCAGCGCUCCUUCGACUACGAGCAGUACCGCGAGUUCACGGUGACGGUGCGGGCACAGGACGGUGGGGUGCCGGCGCGCAGCUCCACGGCCACGGUGCGCAUCUUCGUGCUGGACCGCAACGACAACGCGCCGCGUGUGCUGUGGCCGACGGCAGCGUCGGCAGGAGGCGAGGCGCCGCCGUUCGAGGUGGUGCCGCGCACGGCCGAGGUGGGCUACCUGGUGGCCAAGGUGGUGGCGGUGGACGCGGACGCGGGGCGCAACGCGUGGCUGUCAUACGAGCUGCUGCAGGCGCCGGAGCCGGCGCUCUUCCGCCUGGGGCUGCACAGCGGCGAGGUGCGCACGGCGCGGGCCGUGUCGGAGCGCGACGCGGCCAAGCAGCGCCUGGUGGCGCUGGUGAAGGACCACGGGCAGCCGGCGCUAUCGGCCACGGCCACGCUGCACGUGGUGCUGGCCGAGAGCUUGCAGGAGGCGCUGCCGGAGCUGAGUGACAGAGACGCUGUGUCCGAGCUGACGUCUGAUCUCAACGUCAUUCUCGUCGUGGCUCUCGCUGUGGUCUCAGUGUUAUUCGUUUCCACAGUCAUUUUUACAUUGUUCUUUAAAUGCAGACGUUCACGGACUCCUCCUAUUUUCAUAACCUCCGAGAAGGAGCUGUAUUCCAGUCUGCGUUCAAAAGCAGCCUACAACUACUGCAGUAGCACGCUGCCCUUGCCCUACUCCUACGAGGUGUGUUUAGCCUCCGAGUCGGGCCAGAAGGACUUCACAUUUCUGAAACCAGGGACUGCAGCGCAGUCUGACUGGCCCCUUGCUGCAGAACCCGGUUCAGGCACUCAGUCCGGGAAGGAUCCUCCUGGCACUGGGAGUUCAGGACAGCCUUUCCACAACACACUCAGCCACGAGAAGCAGCAGGGUAAUCGAUAA